AUUCUUUUGGCUCAUCGAGUGAUAUAGCCGUAAGACAGACAAAGACGAUGGAUAGACGUUGUUAGUUGAGUCCGUGGAGGAUACACUACGUCUCACUAAGAGACAUCUCCGCGAUGGCAUCAGCAUCCAUUCUACAAUCGUUAUCGACUUCUACAACUUUCGCCUCGUCUCUACCAUCAUCUACAGCCUCGAGUACACCUCUCACUAUCCUCAUUCGCAAUUCCAUCGAAGGGACAUCGGAUUUCUUCCCGUUUCUUGACAUCGCCGGUCUCGGCUCCGGCUCCGAUGAUGUCGACUCAGGACUCACUUUCAAAGAGCUUUUUGCCACAAGUCUCGAUGGGAACCAGGAAAUAACUCUGUUUAGUUCUGGGUGCCAAGUUGAUGGUAGAACUGACUGCACACGCGCCUGUAACAAAUCCAGCCUCUUUUUCAGCUCAUUGGAGACCUUUUACAAUUGCGCGGCCCUGGCUGCUGCGGCGCAUUGGACUCAAGAUGCGAAAUCUUACUAUGUCAGCCAAGAGACUGAGCGCAAUGCGAGCGUAAUCAUGGGAUCUGGUACUUUAUCCGAGUUUGACGGUCGGCCUGUUCUCAGAUCUCUCAUCGCUUGCGCUCAAGAUUCUUGUGAUAACGAUGGUCUGAGCAAACCUUGCAACCGGACAAUUGACCGCCUCUCCUAUGAUACCUCAACCCCUGAGGAGAUAUUCGAGGCCCUGGACGAGUUUUGCCCAGAGUUACCGGCCGAGGUCAAUCCAGAUAUCUUUGGACCAGGAGUUCUCAUCUCGUAUGUUCUUCAAGUAUGCUUCGCUGCAUCCUUGUAUCUGCUCCUCAAAGGCUUCACUCUCUGGGUCACCAUUACGCAAGAUACGAGCCGUCGCAAAUCGGAACCCAAACCCUAUCGCCUGAAGCGCAGUCUGACUCGAAUUGAGAGUAUGAUCUGGCGUGACUCCGGUGGCCUGUCGCGCACGAGUAUUGCCAUUGCAACCACCUUGGUCGAGUUUCAAGAAGCUCAGUGCUGGUUUGUCUUUGCUGUUCAAAUUGCAUCGAUUCUUGCCAUUGUUGUCAACUCUCAAGAGGGUACCUUUUGGGGCGAGAUCGUUGUCAACGCUGCCAUUGCAUUUCAUGUCAGCCAGAAUGGCAUAUUACCAAUGUUUCUCGUCCAGGUUUGUCUGCAUCAUGAGGGUAUUCGUAACUGGCACACAUUCUUGGGCUUCUUCAUGGAGUAUCUCCUCGCCGUUGUCGCAACCUCGCAAAAGAUCUACUUCAAAGACGCGUUUGCUUUGUUCAAGAGCCAGAAUGAGAUAGAAGCGUGCGGCUUCAACCCAAGUCCGCGAACGUAUUGCGCUGCAACUCAAGGUAUAGAUGGACAGUCCUUCAGCUUCUUUCCCCAUCCUCUGUUGUACAAAAUGACGUUUCUUAUUCUGGACACCAUUGCCAUCAUCGCCCUGGUAGCUGAUCAGCUGGCGUGGACGCUUCGCAAGCAUCAUCUCACCAAACAUGUUCAGAUUGGAUCGUACCGUCUUGGUCGAUGGCCGCGCUGGGGGAAGCAGAAAAGAGGACUUUUUAUCAAGAUAUGGUUCUGGCGCAUCCUCGAAGUCGCGUAUCUCGUUAUCAACAUCUUGUACAUGAUUUCUCUCACAAAAGUUAUCAAUGCCGAGAGUUUUGCUGCUAACAGAUGGUCAUAUGGCCAGGUUAGUUGUCCCCAAUCCCCUUAUCAAUUUCACUCAUCUCAUGAUAUUCGAUAGAUCAUAGCCGUUACCGUCUGGGGACCUGUCAUUGUCAAGCUGUUUGAUCUCCUGCUUUGUGAGUAUAUGACUAAAUACGU